AUGCCCACUUGGGAGGCUGCACUCGCUCCGUUUCUGCAUGGCCAGCGCCUGUGCUUGGACUUGCGCGAAAAGCAGGCCUUUGCCGAUGGGCACUUGGCGCAUGCAGUACACAUACACGGAAAGGAUGCGCUUGCGUCGCGGUUCAGUACGUUGCCUGCGCGCGGCGUUGCUUUUGUUGUGCUUUGCGCCGACGGUGCGCUGCAAGACACCAUCGCACUCUUCCAGCCGCCCGAGCGCUGGGACAUUGUGGGCGUAUUUGGACUAGGGUCAGAGGAGCAUAUAGUGGAGGGUAUUCACCCCGGCUACGCCGUAGCACUUCCCGCAUUUGCACAGUGGGCGCAGGCGCAUGGGAUUUGGCGCAGCGGCGCCAACCCGCGCGGCGCAGACGAUGCGCCUGCACUGCUUUUUGCGCCUGCACCUGUCGUUGCGCGCGCAUGCGCUUGGUGGGAUGCGCGGCACGAGCACGGUACACACACUUUGCUGGACGUGGGGUGCGGCGCAGGCCGCGACGCGACGUUUUUGCUUGCGCGCGGUCAAACACACUGGCACGCGACGACGAUGGAUCGGUGGCGCGCGGCAUUAGAGCGCGCAAAAGUAUUGCUCGAAGACAACGGGCUGCUUGCGCGCGCGUCUGUACUUGAGGCGGCCAUCACAGACACCGGUGCGCUCCGUAUGCACGACACAGUAUACCCGUUUUCGGAAGCGCCCCUACCACACGCCAUGUACGAUAUGGUGCUACUUAUUCGCUAUUGGAACAUGGCGCUUUUACAACAUAUCCCCAAGCGUGUCGCGCCGGGUGGGCUGGUCGUGCUGAGCCACUUUGUGCACGAGCCGCGGUCAGCGCAGGGCUUGGUUGUGGAGGCCACUUUGACACACUACGACACACCGCCCAUCGCAGCACGGAUUCAGCCAGGCGAUAUCGAGUGCCUAUGUGCCGCAUGGCAGGCUUUUGGCGUAUGGCAUGUGCUAGAGAAUCGUAUCGAGCCGAUCGAAGACAAACGCCCGGUGCAGAGCGUGCUUUUUUACCGUAGCGCCUAA